GCAUGACGGGAAAUGUAGUUCCGGGCGGACUUGCUUCCGGGACGUGCGGUUUGUAAAUACCCUCGGAGCUGGUGUAGGGGGGAAGUCCCAGGGUGGCCUGAGUUCCCCCGCCGGGAGCGGGGACAUGGGGAACUGCCUGUCCUCCCAGACAGCUGAUGAUUUGUCCCUGCUCAACGACUCGGAUGGGGCCAGUCUGCCCGGGGAGCCCCCGCCGCCCUACCAGGUGCCUGGGCCGGUGCCCGUGUACCACCCUACGCCCAGCCAGACCCGGCUUGCCACCCAGCUGACCGAGGAGGAGCAGGUGUGGAUCGCGCAAAGGAUUGGGCUCAUCCAGCACCUUCCCAAGGGCAGAUACGACCCGGGAUCGGGGCCCUCGGAGAAGAAGCAUAAAGAGUGCGUGAUUUGCAUGCUGGACUUUGUGAGCGGAGACCCCGUGCGCUUCCUCCCGUGUAUGCAUAUAUACCACGUGGAAUGUAUAGACGACUGGCUCAUGAGGUCCUUCACCUGCCCUUCCUGCAUGGAGCCCGUGGACGCCGCUCUUCUCUCCUCGUACGAGACGCACUGAGCCGCGGCCAGCACCACACCCAGAACUCCGAGCCGGAGACCCCGGGAUACGGGGGGGCUUGAUGAUUCGGAUUAAAAACGGACACAGGGAAUGACAGCAGCUCGUUGGCGUUCUGAGCGUGUAGUGAUGUCACUUCUUGUGGCAGGGAGCUGCUUUAGUAAAUCAGUACCAUAUAGCCGGGAUGUCUCCUGCCCCGAAGGUGGGUAAACAGAGAGCCUGUGCUAAGAGACCUUUACGUCUGAAGAGGAAAACCAAAAUGCCAGGAUCUUGUAGCAAACCUGUGCUGGGGUCCAUAUUUGUAUAGUUAGCGUGGAUACCCGCUUUUGCCUGAAGCCAUUAAGUUAAAAAGUAAUCAGAGAAGUAAUGUGAAAGCACGCUGCGGCGCUUGAAUGGUUAAAGCGCCACAGCCAGA